GGUACCGGAGGCGGAGAGCGGAGAAGAGGCACUCAUUUACCCCACCGGAAGUAGAGGCAUUGUGGGGCGGAGGGCAGCCAGGGUUAUUUAAAAAUUAGGUAUACUUUUCAGAGAUUUCUGUUGCUUCUCCCCUGGAGCCUAGAAGUGAGCCAUGACUACAGACGCCAAGUAUACCAUCCUGCAGGAAGUGGGCCGUGGCAGCUAUGGGGUAGUGUAUGAAGCAGUUGUCAAUCAGACUGGAAAAAAGGUUGCAGUGAAACGAAUGCAUUGUAACGGACCUGAAAAUGUGGAAUUGGCUCUGCAAGAGUUCUGGGCUCUUCAGAGCAUUCAAAGCCAACAUGAAAAUGUGAUCUGGUUGAAAGAGUGUAUCUUGCAAAGUGGCCAGGUUUUCCAGCCAAUGAGCCACCACUCCAAUAAGUCAGAUGAUCAGUUGCUGCUCAUAGAGACCUGUCUCAAAGGGCGUAGAUGUAUGGAUCCCAAGUCAGCCUGUUACCUGUGGUUUGUGAUGGAGUUUUGUGACAGCGGCAACAUGAAUGAGUUCUUGCUGUCCCGAAGUCCAGAUGCCCAGCUGAACAAGAGUUUCAUGCAGCAAAUGAGCCAGGCAGUGGCUUUCCUGCAUAGAAAUCAGAUUGUGCACAGAGACCUGAAGCCAGAUAACAUUCUGAUCUCAAAUAGCUCUGGAGGGCCUGUAUUAAAGGUGAGGAUGCUGAAACCUAGAAAGUUGGAACUAUCUCCUUUCAAGGUCACACAAGUAGUAACAGAUUUUGGCCUGAGUAAAGUAUGCCAAGGGAGAGUGAAUAUUAAUCAGCACCGGUUUUCCUCUGCCUGUGGUUCAGAUUUCUAUAUGGCUCCUGAAGUGUGGGAAGGCAGCUACACCGCCAAAGCAGACAUCUUUGCCCUUGGGAUAAUUUUCUGGGCCAUGAUAGAGAGGAUUACUUUCAGGGAAGCAGAUUCUGAGAAGGAGUUGCUUGGAACUUACAUAUGCCAAGGGAAGGACAUAAUCCCGAUUGGGGAGGCAAUGCUAGAAAACCCAAGCAUGGAGCUGCAUAUUCCCUUGAAAAAAAAGAGAUCCAUUCCAAAUGAUCUCUGUAAACUUCUCCAUGACAUGUUGGCUUUUAACUCCAAGGACCGACUAAAUGCCUUCCAGCUUGAAAGUCGUAUCAAGCAGACUACCUAUGGGGAAAAGACCCAAUGUUCCAGUUCUUCAAAGUAAAGUAUAUUCAGGAGCUAUCACAGUUCAGUGGCGGGUGAGACCAUUGUCAUGUCAAACUUCAGAAGGCCCUGUAGAAGUUCUAAACAAAAACUUGUGGAAUCCUACAGAACCAGAGUGGAGCUCAUGGGAAUCUGGAAACAGCAAGAAUGGGCUUUAGCAGUUCUAUACUUAGAAAUUUCCAUGUCUUUUUCUUCUUCUUCCCUUCUCAC